AUGAUCGUCUUCGGUAUGGGCGUCAACAACCAAGUGGCCAACUCGCAAGACGCCAACGGCACGUGGCUCAGCAUCAAUAUGUGCUGGGGGAUUGGUGUACUCAUUGGCGUCUACUGCUCCGAGGGCAUCAGUGCUUUCAUCAUCUACGUCAUGCAGUACCAGAACCUCAACGUCAUUGACCCGAGCCGCGAGACCACACAGAGCAGCUUCUCGACGUAUCCGAGCGACAACAUCUCCAACUACACAGCCUUCUACACCGAGUUCAUCGGUACUGCUAUGCUUGUGCUCAGUAUCUACGCCAUCACGGACAAGCGCAACAGAUCUGCCGGUCCCGUGGGUUUUCCCUUCGCCUUCUGUCUAAUGAUCAUGGCGUUGGGCAUGGCCUUUGGCAUGAACACGGGCUACGCUGUAAACCCUGCACGUGACUUGGGCCCCCGCAUCUUCACGGCCAUCGCGGGCUGGGGCUCCAAGGUCUUUACCAUUCGCAACUACUACUUCUUGAUCCCUAUCGUGGCCGACUCUAUGGGCGGAGUGUGCGGUGCGGGGUUGUACCGCGUCUUAGUGGAGAUGCACCACCCGCAGCCUCAGCCAGCGCUGGUGUAG